UCAGUGCCAGACAUCAGUGGAAACAACCAGAGGCAUUUCCUUCCUAUGCUUCUUUGCUGCAAUCUGGAAAGUUUCAGCAGGCAAACAGUUAAGAAGGAAGAGGGAGGAGGAGGAGGAGGAGAAAGGGCAGCUUUCCCUCCCAUUCUCAUCAUCCAGCACACUCUGCUAGCAGCACUGGGGUUAAAGCCUUGGAGGUAAACCACAACUAUUUACAAUCAUCAGCAAUGCACUCUACGUAUCUGAAAGUCUGAUUUCAGGCCUUUUAAAGACUGUUUCUGAACAGCAGCACCAAAAAUUUGGAGAAGCUCACAUUUUCUCUUAUUAUCGUGAAGCAGAGGACAUUUCUUCUGAAGCUGAACAGCAGAAUAAACAUGCUAAGCAUCGCAGGGAACCACAUCAAGUCGUGUUAAUGUUUAACCCCUUUCAGUUCUAUGAAAUUUCCACACAAGCAACAGAAUGAAGAACACUGCCUGAGUGUUGCUGAAGGACAACGGGACCCUAUUCAUUUUUAUUAUGCUGCCUUCUCCUGGCUGACUCUGGACAAGCUUAGCAUCUCACAAGCAUGUACCUCAGGGGUUGAAGUAGCUCCUGUAGUAUUUGACUGAAAUUGCAAUAAGGUCAAGUACACCAUCCAACAACAAAAUCAUAGAUAGGAAGUGCAGACUGAAGAGCUCCGCUGACAGAACACAGAAUCAAAAUGGAUGAAUCCUCCACCUAACACACAAAUCCACUUUCCAGAAUGCUCAGUGGAAAAGAGGCAUUCAUCCAGCAUGAAAUGCAGUGCAUACUGAUAAUCUGCAUGCCUAAUUAAGCUAUGAUCAGAAGACAGUAUCUGGAUAAUAGAAGAUGAACCCACUCGAUGCAACAAAAUCAGGAUUUUUACUGUGCAUUGCUGUCUGUAUGUUCAUCUACACUUUCAUCUACCUGAAGGACACACUUUCUGCAGAGCAAGAGCAACAGAAAUUUAGCACAAACAGAGCAGAGUGUGGAUUUUAUCCAGAUGAACUUUGUCCAGCUCUUUUUGUGGGGAAAACUGCGGCCCUUAAAAUUGGAAGCAUUUGUCAGAACACCUACAGACCUGCAGCACUCAGCUGUGUUCGGACCUCAUGCAACUGCUCCACAGUUCUCAAGGCUCUGCACUUUAUAACGAGACCACUGUCAGAUGAAGAAGGAAAUUUCUCACUGGCGUACAUUAUCACAAUCCACAAGGAGCUGGAGAUGUUUGUAAAGCUGCUAAGAGCUAUUUAUACACCUCAGAAUAUUUACUGCAUACACGUUGAUGAGAAGUCACCAACAGAUUAUAAAGCUGCUGUACAAAACAUUGUAAAUUGCUUUGAAAAUAUUUUUAUUUCCUCAAAAAGGGAGAGUGUUGUUUAUGCAGGAUUUUCAAGGCUACAAGCUGAUAUUAACUGCAUGAGAGAUCUGGUUCAUUCCAAAAUCCAAUGGAAUUAUGUUAUUAAUCUGUGUGGCCAAGAUUAUCCUAUUAAAACAAACAAAGACAUUAUAAAAUAUAUCAAAAGUAAAUGGAAUGGUAAAAAUAUGACUCCCGGGGUAGUCCAACCACUUCACAUGAAGCACAGGACACAGGUUAGUUACAGAGAAUACGUGCAUUCUGGAGUGUCGUAUGUGUAUCCCACAAAGAAUGCAAAAGCUAAACCUCCAUACAACUUGACCAUAUAUUUUGGUAGUGCCUAUUACAUAUUAACUAAAGAAUUUGUAGAGUUUACACUGACUGAUGCACGUGCAAAAGACUUGCUUGAAUGGUCAAGAGACACGUACAGUCCGGAUGAGCACUACUGGGUCACACUGAACCGUCUGCAGGAUGCCCCAGGUGCUACACCACACGCAGACUGGGAAGGAAACAUACGAGCCAUUAAAUGGAAAGAUCAAGAAGGAACCGUACACAAAGGCUGCAAAGGUCAUUACAUCAGAGACAUUUGUGUCUAUGGUCUGGGGGAUUUACAGUGGAUUAUCGAAUCGCCUCACUUGUUUGCCAACAAAUUUGAGCCUGCAACGUAUCCACUGGUGAUGGACUGCCUAGAGAGACGCCACAGGCUGAAAGUGCUGCACCAGGCAGAGGUCCCAAUUGAAGAUGACUGGCGUUUUCAGGAAGAGAACUCUUUCAACAUGAAGCUGGAUGUUUGAGAUUAACUGAAAUGUAAAUGUACAUCCAGAAUACUGAGAACCCAUCAGUGUUUUCACCCAUAGGCUUCAUUCGCUUGGUGCACUGCUUACCCCCGUGCUGUGAUGCUGUACUACUGUUUGACCAGUGAAAUAGGCAGUUAGUGUUACUCACUACAGUAACAGAAAGAGCAACGGCUGCUAAAGGAUUAAUUCCUACAGAAAAUGAUGUCUGUAAGAAGGGGGAAGUUCAUAAUCUUCUAAGUGACUCAUUUAACUGGAAAAUACACAUUCCCCAUGUCUGUAGCUGAAAAGAAAAAAAAAAAAAAGAGGACUAACUGGUAUAAGAGUAACAAGAUGGAAGUAAUGACUGCACAAAGGUGAAAUACGAAGAGUACAAGCUAACUAAA